AUCAAUUUCAUGACGUUUAUUUUGUUGUCUUCUUAGCCAAGUUACUGUAGCUGCUGCACUGUCUCUGUCUGUGAUAAUAACAACACAUGUUGCAGUGAUGUAGCACACAGAAGAAGGACUAAACCCUGCUGUGACCAGCUAACGUUAGCUAAUGCUAAAAUCUGUUUUUUUAAACUAAAGUGGCUCCGUUUGACAACCAGCGAGCUAACUAGCUAGCCAGACAGACGCUACAAGCUGCUGUGCGAUGUGCUGCUGUUUGUUUUUCUCCACAGCUAACUAACUCUGCUGCCAGGCGGCUAACAGAGCUAGCUAGCUGCGUGUUUUAGUGUGCGGUGUGGGGCAGAAAACACACCGCAGACAGACCCCUCCUUAUGCUGGUGUUGUUACCCAGUGUCCGCUAAGAUGUGGCAGAGUGUCGGGCUCACACUGCUGGUCAUUGUGGCCACACUGGUGUGUGCGCUGCUCUUCAUGCUGUUUGGUUGGUAUGUAGUCUGGCAGCUCUUCCUGUCCAAGUUCAAGUUCCUGCGCGAGCUUCUGGGAGACGCCAGCAGCCCGCAGGUGGAAACGCAGCCGUCCGAACCCAAGAGCGAGCGGACAGCCAGCGCCCCGACGAGGAGUAGACCCCGGAGCGCACGCCAAAGAGUCGCCUUCACAGAAAACACUUCAUAAGAUCCUCCACACUGCCACUGUUUCCCUCACUCACCACCCCUCACUCUGAACCGCCAUGUGUGAUCGUCAGAGGCGAGGACAUUCAGCCCUCCUCUCCACCAAGACACUUUAAACUGACCAGGCAGAUCUCCUGGUUUCAAAGGGAAAAGCCAUUACUGUCCAUUUCUGCGUGUUCAUUCUGGGUAAUUAUGUUCUGGGGCUCACCUCACGCUCCUCCUCUUAUCCUGCAAUAGUGACGGCCACGCUGCUUCCUGCCACCCAUGUGAAGUAUCAGAGGACACCAAGAGAUGUGCUCAUUUUAAUCUACAUGUUUUAAUCUUGUUUUAGAAAAAAAAGUCUUACUUUGAAAAAAGUAGGCGGUUAAAAAUGAGCUUGUCUGCAUCAUUUCACCAACUGAAGAUAACCCGAGGGUGAUUUGUACAACUGACGAUUUUCUUUUCUUUGAAGAAGUGCAAUGAGAGGAAUGUGUCUGCUGUUGUUUUGUUGUUUCUUGCAGUGUGCUCUGCGUUUAAUGGACAAACAUAGAAACUGUCAGUAGAUAAGGCCCAACGCCUCCAAGAUGAAGAUAACAAAUAACUUGUUGUGUAAAAUGUGAGCUUGCAACUCCUCGUUCUUUAAAAAUAAAUAGAUUUAUACGUGAAGAGUCAGGAGAAGAUUUGAAGGCAAUCUAAGUGUUGAGAAUCAACGUUGUUACUUUAUCAGUCGGAGCAGCGAGGCUUCCUCUCCUGUUCCCUGUGCCUCGGCUGCACAUGUGGCCGUUUAGAUGGCAUCCACUGUUCGUCACAUGACCUCCUUUUUGUAUAGCUGACCGGUUUGAAUCCAUUAGAAAUCAGAGCUGACCUAACCAAUAUCUGUGUGAUAUUCUCCCUCCAGGUUAAACUCAUGUAACUCUUGCACCUUUUGAUCAGCAGUGAUUCAUUUUCUUCUUCAGUGGAGCAGUAGUUUCAAAUAAACAAUGCCAUGAGCACUGACCUGUUUGUUGGA